AUAAACUGAGGAAAACAGAAAGGAAGAAAUACAGUUAAAAGUAGUAGUAGUAGUUGUUUAAUCAGCCCGCCGGAUCUCCCAUCUGCCUAUUCUGCCGAUACACAAUUUGAAAACGGUCCGUCCGUUCAUGCGUUUUCACACUUUUCCGAUCUUAUUCACAUUCACAAUUUGAUCUGUUAUAUAUAUAUAUAUAUACACACACACACACACACGCACACACUUGGGGCAUUUGAUCUGAAUCUCACAAUUUGAAUCUCAUUCACUUCAUAAUGGUUGUUCUAGCAGCUUCCAUUACCAGUAAAUCUGGAAAAGCACUUGUUUCAAGGCAGUUUGUAGACAUGACCAGGAUAAGAAUCGAGGGGCUUCUUGCGGCUUUCCCUAAGUUGAUUGGAAGUGGGAAACAACAUACCUAUGUUGAGACCGAAAAUGUACGCUAUGUGUACCAGCCAAUGGAGGGUAUCUAUUUGUUGCUCGUGACAAACAAACAAAGCAAUAUUCUUGAGGAUCUUGAUACACUCAGGCUUCUCUCUAAAUUGGUCCCUGAGUUUUCUGCCUCUUUAGAUGAAGAAAGCAUUUGCAAGCAUGCAUUUGAGCUGAUAUUUGCUUUUGAUGAAGUCAUUUCCAUUGGGCACAAGGAGAAUGUCACCAUUGCUCAGGUUAGGCAGUACUGUGAGAUGGAGAGUCAUGAGGAGAGAUUGCACAAAUUGGUAAUGCAAAGCAAAAUCAAUGAAACCAAGGAUGUUAUGAAGCGUAAAGCUAAUGAGAUUGAUAAAAGCAAGAUCGAGAGAGGCAAAUUGGAAAAAGGUGGUUAUUCAUCUUUACAGUCAAUGAGUUCAAUGGGCUCAAUUGGAAGAAUGGAUAGUGGCUUUAGCAAUGAUAUGGGUAUAUCCAGUGGUACCUUUGGAAGUGGUUCUGGAUUUGGAAUAACCUCUGAAGUGGACUCCUUCUCAAGCAAGCCUAAAGGUCGUGCAUCUGCAGCAGUUACUGCUCCAACUAAAGGCAUGGGUAUGAAACUAGGCAAAUCGCAAAGGGCAAACCAGUUUUUGGAAUCACUGAAAGCAGAAGGAGAAAUGAUUGUUGAAGAUGUACGGCCAAGUGCAAAUCCAAGCAAAACCGCUGCUCCUCCUCUUACUGAUCCUAUCAGUUUGACAGCUGAAGAGAAGCUUAAUGUGACACUUAAGAGAGAUGGUGGUCUCAGUAACUUCGAUGUGCAGGGAACUUUGUCCCUCCAAGUACUUAACCAGGAUGAUGGCUUUAUCCAAGUCCAGAUUGAGAGUUCGGGUAACUCUGAGAUUAAGUUCAAGACACACCCUAAUAUCAACAAAGAGCUUUUCACCAAUGAAAAUAUUCUGGGAUCCAAAGAUCCUAAUAGACCUUUUCCUGCUGGUCAAUCUGGUGAUGGUCUUGGUCUCCUUAAGUGGAGAAUGCAAAGUAAAGAUGAAUCGGCUGUACCGUUGAGUAUUAACUGCUGGCCGUCUGUUUCUGGAAAUGAAACUUAUGUUAGCAUUGAAUAUGAAGCUUCGAAAAUGUUUGACUUACAGAAUGUGGUUAUUUCGGUCCCUCUUCCAGCUCUUAGAGAGGCACCGAAUGUAAGGCAGAUUGAUGGAGAAUGGAGGUUUGAUUCAAGAAACUCGAUAUUGGAGUGGUCUCUACUUCUCAUCGAUGACUCCAACCGCAGUGGCUCAAUGGAGUUUGUUGUUCCUGCUGUCGAUACCUCAGUCUUCUUCCCCAUUGCUGUGCGCUUUACAGCAUCAAGUACAUUCAGCAGUAUGAAGGUUGCAAGUAUCGUCCCACUAAAAGGUGGAGCUCCUCCCAGGUUUUCUCAGAGAACUCAAUUGGUAACUGAGAGCUACCAAGUUGUUUGAUUUAAGUUAUUACAGAACCAUUCAAAAAGCAAAUCUCAAAGCAAUCAUAAUCAUUCUUCAAGUACAAUUUUGUACACUGAGUUCUCAUUUUAGUCUACAUAGUCGAGUGUUUUCAUUCUCCGAAAUUCAAAUUUUGAAUUAUUAAUCAAUCCUGAAUUUAUUUUAAGUUUUACAAAUAAGUUGUUUUCAUGAUUUGGACAUAUCCCUGUAUGGUUGAUACAAUCAUUCAAGCUGUCGAUUCUUAUA